CGAGCUUUCACCCGACGCCAUCGCUUAGCCAGCGGCAGUUUCCCGUUUCCAAGCUCAUCAAUGGCAAACGCCUCCGCAAGAGCCUGAGCAAUACAAGGGGCUCCAUCACCCCUCCACUCCUCGUCCAUUCCGCCGACGCCACAGCAGCGAAUUCACCAGCGCGCCUUCCGACCCCGGUCCGCCUGCCUCCUCCCGGACCUCCUAGCCAUGUCGGCCGCCCAGAUCAGGGCCGAGAUCAACGGCCUUAUCGCCUCCAAGUUCGCCGAGGGUACGGUGGAUCAGUAUUUCUUGCAGCUGUACGUGAUGCGGAGGUACAAGAAGAUACGCAAGGGCAUGGUCGUUGAGGUCAUGGAACGCUUCCUCCAAGACGCUGACAAGAUCCUCACCGAAAUCGCCGUCUUGCUGAACGAGCCCCAGCUGGACUACGACAAGGUGGAGGGGAUCGCGGAUCAGCUCGAGGGGUGCAGCAGCAGCAGUGUUGGUGCUAAGAGAGUCAACCUCUCAUGCGUGGAGUACUUCCAUCCUGAGGCAAAAACCGAAGAAGGGAACCAGCCAGUGGUGGACUUCGACAAGGUGGACGCCCUCGUGCAGCAGCUCAAGGGGUGUAGCUCCAGUGUUGGUGCUAACAAACUGAGCGUCUCAUGCAUGCACUUCCGUCGGUUCAAUCAUUCAAAAUCCAAAGAAGGGUACCUCAUUGCAUUGGCUCCUAUUAUGAAUGAGUUCUGUGAUGUGCGCAACAUGUUCCUCACCAUACUGCAGAUGGAGGAACAGGUCGAUGCCUUGGGCCCUAAGUACUAGUGAUCGGAAUAAAAAAAACAUAGCCCCAUAUUAUCCCUGGCACAGUGGGGUAUAUGUAUCUUUCAAUAUAUAGGCAAUGUUCAACGUGCGUUGAGCUUCAGUGGGGGCAUCAGGAAUCACAUGAUGAUUCUUGCUUCGGAACUCCGGGCUCCCAAACCUCCUGUGACAGAACUUGUAGUCUUGUCUGUGUCAGUUAUAUAUACAUGGGUGUCGUUGAUGCCCCGCAGGCUAUGCAUAAAAUCUAUACUUGGUUGGUUUGUUGGUGACUUUUUUUGUUGUAUGUUUGUGGCUCUUUUACAUUCUUACAAAAUGUUGCUGCCGAAACUGCAUUAUA